UGUUUGUGUCUUAGUUGUUAACAAAAGUUUAAAAAGUUUAAAAAAGAAAGGUGAUAAAAAAGCUUUAUAGGUCCGGCGGUGACGACCUACCCACACGAGAACAUGCCUCUCGCAAAGGAUCUCCAUCCCUCUCCAGAAGAGGAGAGGAAACACAAGAAGAAACACCUGGUGCAGAGCCCCAAUUCCUACUUCAUGGAUAUGAAAUGCCCAGGAUGCUAUAAAAUCACCACGGUCUUUAGCCAUGCACAAACGGUAGUUUUGUGUGUUGGCUGCUCCACUGUCCUCUGCCAGCCUACAGGAGGAAGGGCAAGGCUUACAGAAGGAUGUUCCUUCAGGACGAAGCAGCACUGAAAGCACUCUGAAUCAAGAUGAGUGGGAAACCAUCUCAAUAAACGCAUUUUGGAU